AUGCCUCCUCAUACCCGCACCUGGAAAGCUCGCGUCUUCGCAGCAACAAGCCUAGACGGCGCCAUUGCACGCCGGGACCACGAUGUCAGCUGGCUUACACAACCAGAGCCAAACCCAGCCCAUAAGGCCCCGACGCACUCAGCGGCAAGAUCAACGCCGUCUACAGAACAGCACGCGGCCGAAGUCGAUUUUAUGGUCAUGGGCCGUCGAACGUUCGAGGUUUGUAUUGGUUUUCCAGAGUGGCCGUACCCGGCGAAGAAGCUGCUUGUCCUGAGCGCAACGUCGGCGGCUUCGGCUUGCAAGCUUUUGAAUCAUGAGAGCGGCAGUGCUAUUACUGAGCACUUGCAACAUGUCCGGGUGGUCGCGUCUCCCGAGGAGGCCGACAGGAUCUUGACUGAGGAGGGCGCGAGUCUGGUGUAUGUGGACGGCGGCAAGACGGUCCAGGAGUUCCUGAGGCGCGGCUGGGUAGACGAGAUGGUCCUUACGCUGGCCCCUGUUCUGCUGGGAGGGGAUGAGGGGAGGCCAAGGUUGUUUGGUGAUCUCCCUGCGGAUAUCCGCUUCACGCUCUGUGGAGUAGAUGUCAUUGAGAAUGGGAUGCUUCGUCUCUAUACUCUGGGACAACCCCAAUUAUGA